AUGUUGGCCACGGUUGCUCUGGUGCUCGGGGCGGCGCUCAGCGCCAGCGCACACUACACGUUCCCCAAGGCCGGGACGGGGGGCGACUGGCAGUACGUGCGCAAGGCGGACAACUGGCAGAGCAACGGCUUCGUCGGCAACGUGGCCUCGGAGCAGAUCCGCUGCUUCCAGUCGAGCAGCGCGGCAGCGCUGGCGACGUUCAACGCCACUGCCGGCUCGACGGUGACCUACGGCGCCGCCCCCAACGUAUAUCACCCGGGCCCCAUGCAGUUCUACCUGGCGCGGGUCCCCGACGGCGAGACCGUCAACACGUGGAAGGGCGACGGCGCCGUGUGGUUCAAGAUCUACCAAGAGCAGCCAAACUUUGGCGGCCAGCUGACGUGGCCCAGCACCGGCAAGAGCUCGUUCACCGUGUCGAUCCCCAAGUGCAUCACGUCGGGCUUCUAUCUGCUGCGGGCGGAGCACAUUGCACUGCACUCGGCGUCGACGGCCGGCGGCGCGCAGUUCUACAUCUCGUGCGCGCAGCUCGGCGUCACGGGCGGCGGCAACACCGACCCGCCCGCCUCAUACAAGGUCGCCUUCCCCGGCGCCUACAAGGCCGCCGACCCCGGCAUCCAGAUCAACAUCAACUACCCCGUGCCUACGUCGUACAAGAACCCCGGGCCGGCCGUCUUUUCCUGCUAG